AUGUGUUCUUCCACUUGGUCAGCUAUGCUCAAAUGCAAGGAGAAGAUGAUGAAAGGUUGUUGUUGGGCUGUUGGUAAUGGUGAACAAGUUGACAUAUGGAAUGACCCAUGGAUCCCCAACCUUCAAAGUAAGUCACCUGAAUUCACAAGUAAUUCUAAUACUCUUUUUCGAAAGGUAAUGCAUGACAAUCCUAGAAGAUGGAAUGGGGAGAAACUAGCUCAACUAUUCAACCCAACUGAGAUGACUAAUAUUAAGAGCAUAUAUAUCCAAAAUAAUGAAGAAAACAACAUUGAUACGCUCCUUUGGACUGAUCACCCAAAUGGAGUCUUUUCUUCGAAAUCUUUUCUUAAAUACCUUCAAGUUAGUAGGCCUUCCAUGUCAACUGGUGCAGAUAAUAACCUCCCUUGGAAGAAGUUCUGGAGGAUAAAAACCAUUCCUCCAAGAGUUCAAAUGUUCAUUUGGAGACUUGUUAGGAAUAGAUUACUCGCGCUCAUCAAUAUGGAUAAAAUUCUUCAUAAUAUCAAUGUUGACUGCAGAUUUUGCAAUCAAGAUGUGGAUUCAGUUGACCAUCUCUUUAUUCAAUUUCCUUUCUCUCAAGUUGUCUUACUUACUUCCCCACUGUUAUGGAGAGUAGAAGCUGGGGGAAUUACUAUUAUCAAAGAGGUUAUUGCUGAAUGGGUUCUGGAAAAGGACCAUGACAAGUUCAAAAUGGGAGCUUGUAUUUUUUGGGCUAUUUGGAAGAGUAGAAAUCAAGCAAUUUUCAACAAGCUCAAACCUAACAUUCAUAGUAUCAUUAGUGAAACUUCUUAUCGGUUUGUGCAAGAUCAGAAUCCUGGUGACAUGCUGAACACCCCCAUUGAAUCUGAUAUGUUGAAUUGUACUAGCUUCUGUUGGUUACCUCUUAAUGGGAGUAUAAUUAAAAUAAAUUUUGAUGGUGCUGCUGGACCUAGGCGGUUUGCUUGUGUUGCUGUGAUAAGAGACUAUAGCUCUAGCUUUCAGGGUGGUCAAGCGAAGGUUUUGGGGUUCAUCUCCCCUCUUAAAGCUGAAACUAAUGGUGCUCUCCUUGGUGUGGAGCUUGCUCUGCCUAGAAGGUUCAAUCAGCUUGAGGGAGAUGCUUUAGUUACCAUAAAUAUGCUGAAGUUCAGUAGAUUUGAAUUCCAAUGA